GCGGAAGUGUGGGAAAGGAAGAAAAAAAACAAAAUAAUCGUUCACAUUUGUGUCGAGUUGAAGUCGAAGAAGAAGCCUUAAAAACACAGUUUAACCUUCCGGAUCACCGCCUUUUUUACACGAUGGACUUCCUGUUUGGGAAGAGGAAGACUCCGGAGGAGCUGCUGAGGCAGAAUCAGAGGGCGCUCAACCGAGCUAUGAGGGAACUGGACCGAGAGCGGCAGAAACUGGAGCAGCAGGAGAAGAAGAUCAUCGCUGACAUCAAGAAAAUGGCCAAACAGGGACAAAUGGAUGCCGUCAAGAUCAUGGCCAUGGAUUUGGUUCGCACGCGGCGCUACGUGAAGAAGUUCAUCAUGAUGAAGGCCAACAUUCAGGCCGUCAGCCUAAAGAUACAGACGCUCAAGUCCAACAACAGCAUGGCGCAGGCCAUGAAGGGCGUCACCAAAGCCAUGGCGACCAUGAACAAACAGCUGAAACUGCCGCAGAUUCAGAAGAUCAUGAUGGACUUCGAACGCCAGAGUGAAAUCAUGGACAUGAAAGAGGAGAUGAUGAACGACGCCAUCGACGACGCCAUGGGCGACGAGGACGACGAGGACGAGAGUGACGCCAUCGUGUCCCAGGUGCUGGACGAGCUGGGUCUCAAUCUGUCCGACGAGCUGUCAAAUCUUCCGAGCACCGGGGGAAGCUUGUCGGUGGCCGGGGGAAAGAAACAGGAGCCCCAAGCUACCCUGGCCGACGCGGACGCCGACCUGGAGGAGCGGCUGAACAACCUGCGGAGAGACUGAAGUGGUUGUUCAUACAGACACAAACGUACUCGAAUCUCUGUGUUUUAUAUCCUUUCGAAGGGCUGAACACUUGCUGCUUCGGCUGUGUUUAUAAAAGGUGUGUGGCUUUUUUUUUUGUUCUGAGGUGGGGUUUUUUCAUUUAACGCGUGUAUAAGGUAUUUUAUCAACAAAAAAAACUACAUAAAAAAAAAGGAAAACCUACGAGAGUCGUUAUGCUUCACGGGUCCUCUUGUUUAAGACUUUGGUCAAAAGGACCCACGUUCUGUGUAAAUAAUAACUCCUGGAGGCAUGAUGUUAAAGCUUAACACUAAAAAUGAAAAGUUUAAAAGAACCCAAAGGAAAGUUGGUAACAGGACAGAAGUGGAUGUUUUAUAUGUCGGCACUUUUUUUGUAUCGGGCUGGUUUUAGCGUUCUUUAUAUCAUCUUCUAAAAUCCAGUUUUAGCCCCGAUGAGAGCUUUUUGACGACUUUUGUUUAUGUUCACUCUGCUGACGGUCGUCGGGGCUCAGCUGAAGAUGGUGGACCAAAACAAAAAGUGUAUAAUCUCAUCAGCCUUUCUGUCUAAAUUCACCAAUGGGAUGGCUUACUUUACACAAAUAUAUGAAGAAAUAAAGGUUUAUUCAGCUGACUCUUCGCCAGUGGAAAAACGAUGGCGACUCGUGUCUUGGUGUUUUUGAGAUCUGAAAUGAAGAGUCGGCUGUGUUAUUGUUUGUCUUGAGAAACUGUCCUGUUUUUGCUUUUCUUUAUCCAAUAAACUUUUUUCUCCCAUGAUUUAA